GCCCAGCAAUUCCCUGCCCAGGAGGCAGAACCGCCCUGGGCAGUGCCAGCCGUGAGCAGAGCCCAGACAGGGGCUGGAGUCUCCUCCCGGGGUGUUCCAGAGCCACACAGACCCCCCGUGCCCGUGUUUGGGAAUGCAGGGGGUGGCCCCAGUGCCCCCUGUGCUCCCCUCCAGCCUCACCCCCCGGUGCUGGGAUUUGUCUGCUAAUGAGUCUGUUAAUGAUGAUUAUUGAGUGUCACUCCUUUCUCACUGCCACAACCCCUGCCAGGAGCCCAGCAUGGAAGAAUUUAAAGCUGCAAGCCCACUUGAGGAGUCCCUGAAUCACCUGAAGCUGUCAGAUCAGAAGGCUCCAGAGACUGCCCCCAGGGAUGGCCAGCACCCCCCGAGCCUGGGCAGGGGCUGUGCCCCCUCCCCAGGCCAGGAUCCCACAGAGGAGUGUUUCCAUGACUGUCACGACUCCUUUGGGGCCAAGGGAGCUGUGCUGGAUGAUGAAGGGAACGCUCAGGAGGACGGGAGUAGCUCCAGGAAGCAGACAGAACUAGAGGAAGAAUACUUGCUAGAACUAGAGAAAGAUAUGCCAGAGGAGGAGAAACAGAAAAGAAGAAAGGAGAGCACGGGGCUGAAGGAGAAAGGAAACGAGCACUUCAAGAAAGGAGACUAUGGAGAGGCAGAAGAGUCCUACACCAAGGCCCUGCAGAUCUGCCCAGCCUGCUUCCAGAAGGACAGGGCUGUUCUGUUCUCCAACAGAGCUGCUGCAAAAAUGAAACAGGACAAGACAGAGGCUGCCCUGAGUGACUGCACCAAAGCUGUGGAAUUAGACCCUCACUAUGUCAGAGCUUUGCUGAGGAGAGCAGAACUCUAUGAAAAAACAGAAAAAUUAGAUGAAGCUCUGGAAGAUUAUAAGGCAGUCCUAGAAAAAGACCCCUCAGUUCAUCAAGCCAGAGAAGCUUGCAUGAGAUUACCACAGCAAAUUGAGGAGAGGAAUGAAAAAUUAAAGAAAGAAAUGUUGGGCAAACUGAAGGAUCUGGGCAAUUUGGUGCUGCGUCCCUUUGGCCUGUCAACAGAGAACUUCCAGAUCAAACAGGAUUCAUCAACUGGCUCCUACUCCAUCAACUUUGUUCAAAACCCCAACAACAACAGAUAACAUGGAUUCAGUGUGGCUCUGACAUCCCGUGCCAGGAUCCAGCAAACCAACACCCUCCACCCCCAGGGCAACAGGAGACUCAGCAAACUCAUUUCCCAGCUUGUGAAAUUAUUUGCAAUGUGGAUGUAAAGCAACUCAUUCAACGUCUCAUAGUGAUAACUGUGUCCAGUGUGUGAUUUAUUCUUUUUUUUAUUUAUUUUUCCCCUUCCCUUGCGGUGUUUGGCUUUUCCAAGAGGCAGUUCCUUGGUUUGGCCCACUCGGUGCUGGCAGCAGCAGCUCAGGGGAGCCCAAAGGCUGGGACAGAGGCUGGUGGUGUCCUGGGGAUGGGGAGAUGCAGCAGCAGCACUGGCCCACCCUCAGCUGGGUGGGACUGGCCCCUGGACACAGCUCUGCCCUGGAACCAUGGAUCUUCCAAUAAAGGCUUGGUACUUCUGCUC